UUUGUUGAUAUAAUUUAAAGUAACUAAAGAUGAUUGAACCAUCCUUAAAGGCUUUAGCUUCCAAGUACAACUGUGAAAAGUCCAUCUGUCGUAAAUGUUACGCUAGAUUACCACCAAGAGCCACCAACUGUCGUAAGAGAAAGUGUGGUCACACCAACCAAUUAAGACCAAAGAAGAAGUUGAAGUAAUCCGUCUGCCCCCCUUCAUUUUAUAUUACAUUUUCUUAUCGUUUAUUUAAUAAGCAGGGCAAGAUGUUUAGAAGAAGGAUUGAAUUGCAUAAGUGGGUUUUAUCAGUUUUGUUUUAAUUAAAUUCUUGUUGUUGUGGGUCCUCCAAAAUUGCAUAUAGAUUUUUCCAUAAGUAGGACGAUUAACAAAAGCAAGAAUGACGAAUUUGGUGAAUCUUUGAUUUGUUUCUUAUAAUAUCACUUGAACUGGUUUGAAGAUGAAUUGGUUGGAAGAUGUAAAGGAGAGUUCUUUACGAUAGCUUAUUUUUGUAUGGUUAUUUAAUAAAAAUUUUUUACGU